AUGUGUCCGUCAAAAUUUGUUGUAUGUAUACUGCUGAUUGCUGUAGGUGCCGAGUCGGGCUCGGAAUCGCAGGCAAGCCAGGCGCAAGCGACGCCCAGUCCGUCGGACUUUCAGUUCCUGAUCACCGGUGGCUAUCGCCCGGAAACCAACGACCUGGUCAAGUACGUGGUCUCGCUGCGCAUGGGCAAGCCAAAGAAGUUCUUCGGCGACAACCACUACUGCGCGGGUGUGGUCUUCAGCCAGCGGGCCAUUCUCACGGCGGCCCAUUGCAUGUUCAGCAAUCGCCGCAAGCUGAAGCCCAAGGGGCUGGUGGUCGUUGCUGGGACGCCAAAGCGGCUGGUCAAGAGCAGCACAACGCAGAUUAUGGAGGCCAAGCAGCUGCUGCCGCAUCCCAAGUACAAUAAGGGCAAGUCGCAUAAGUACGACGUAGGACUGAUCCUGUUGAAGGAGGAUCUCAGUCUGGGGGAUACCGUUGCCACAAUAGCUCUGAACACCAAGGCUCCGGUGGCCGGCAUCAAGUGCUCCAUCCUCGGCUGGGGCACGGUCAUCCAGUUUGGCCCACUGCCGGAUGAGGCUAUCAACGGCGAUCUGCAGAUCCUGCCGGAUACCUUCUGCGAGAACCUGAUGGGCUGGUCCAGCGUGGGCAUGCUCUGCGCCAGCGACAAGGACAGCUCCGAUGUGGACAGCUGUCAGGGUGACUCGGGCGGACCGCUCAUCUGUGACAACAUGUUGACGGGCAUCGUUUCCUUCGGCAUAGGUUGCGGCGAGCCCAAUUCGGCUGGGAUCUACACCGAUAUCUACCACUUCCGGGACUGGAUCACCGAGAACUCCUGCCCCCAAGGCACACGGCCUGCGUGGACGCUGUGGCUGCUGCUGCUCUUGCUGCUCCUGCUGCUGGUCGGGGAGCCGGCUGGUACAACUUGUUAA